ACAUUUCAGGCCUGAACACACACACACAUACACACACAGAGACACACACACCAGCAGCAGCAGCUCACCUCUGUGUUAUGACAACACCAGCUUGGAUUAAGUCUUCAUAGGGAGAGUUAAAUAUUGCAGGAAACGUGCCCGCUGGCUCUUAUCUGAACCUGGGGGACAGUCCCUUCCGGCCCUGAGGAUCAUGGGAAGGUGGACGAGGCUUUAGAGAGAGGACAGCGGCUCGGAGACACAUGAGCAUGAGGAGGUUUUUCAGAGCUCAGCGGGACGAGGACUUCAGUCAGAUCCAGUAUCUGACGGCCAAGUGCACGCGCCUGGCUCACGACAAAGGAAUCCUGGACCGGGAGCUCCUGGUGUCCAGAGAGAGGGAGAGGAGGCUGCAGAGCGAUCUGGAGGCUGCGACGGCUCGACUCUUCCACCAGGAGCAGCUGAACGUGGAGCUGAGAAUGAGACAGGACCAGCUCAGUGGCAGAAUCCACCAGCAGCAGGACCUGGUGCUCUUUCUGCAGCAGCGUGUGGUCCUCCUGGUGGAGGAGAGCUGCCGGGACGUGGAGCUGCUGCGGCAGGUCGGCUCUGACCUGCUGUGUCUGCAGAGCUCCGAGGUGAAGCUGGGGGGCCUGGUGGAGGAGCUCAACAGGGAGGCUCAGCACAAGGCUGCGGUGGCGGAGGGUCUCCGGGCGGAUCUGCACGGAGAGGCCCGGCGCAGGGCUGCACUGACGGAGGGCCUCCAGGCGGAGCUGCACAGUAAGACGCUGGAGCUGGAGGAGCAGCGAGACGUCAACACGACUCUGAGAGAGGAGCUGGAGGAUCGGAGCAGGGCUCAUCAGAAGGAGGUCGGGGAGCUGCAGCAGGAGAACGAGGGAAGUCUGAGGAAACUGCAGGAGACAGCCGAGCAGUUCGAGUGGCUGUGUGAGCAGCAGCGGUCCUGGAUGAGUUGUGUCAAGAGGUUCAAACAGUCUCUGAUGGAGGAGAGAGACGCUCUCCUGCAGCAGGUCAACAAGCUGCAGAAGAAAAUAAAGAAACUGACCUCGAGGUCACGCGGUGUCCGUCCCACACGGAGCCUGCGCUGCCCCCUACAGGACACCGUGAGCUGCGAGGGCAGUGUCACAUCGUGGGACGCAGACGAGGGGACGGACCUGGAGUCCCCGGGGGAGAAGUCACACACGUUGUACGAGGAGCUCUUCAACCAGGAAGGAAGUCCGAUCAACGGACACCAGAAACCUCCGUGAGGACUCGAGCCUGGAACCUUCUGGGUUUCCUCUUCCCAACUCCUCAGGAGAUAACCACUGGAUGUUUGCGUGUGUGGUUUUGCGAUGUACAACACUUCCCAUCAUUGUGUGAGAAUAAAGAAAAACAUUCACUUUGUCUUCCACGAUUGUUCACCUGUCUUGAAAAGCCUCGGCGUCUUGAUUUACGUGUGAACCAACCAGCGUCCUUCCCUCUGCUGUGACACGUGCACAUCACGUGCGCUGUGCGGGCACAUGUUCCAGUAAUUGUGCUUUAUUCAGAACCUUGUAAUCACCAGCGCUAACGAGAGUGAAAACACCUGAGAAUGUUGCUUUGUGUUGUUGUUUUGUUGUUUUGCCAGCGAGGGGGGGGGGGGCAGCUGCUGCACAGAGGGAACAGCACACAUGUUGUUUUGACCAACAUGAAGCUCCACUGUUUGUUACAUCUCAGCUCUGAGCUUCACAACCUUUCACUUUUAUCCACCGGCGUUUCCUCGCUGAGACAACGCGAGGUGAUUAACGCUGAUGAUGACGAGGCGCAGGCUUCGUCACGUGUGAAACAUGUGAUGAACACGUGUUGCAAAGGAAACAGGGGUUUACAGACACAGCUAAUGGGACAGGAAGCAUUUUGUCACAUUAUAAACUCGUCUUUGUGCAUGUUCACACGUUUUAAAUAAAGAUAUUAUUAUCACAAGUGAAGCCAAAGUGUCUUGAUCGCCCUCUGGUGGUUGGCUGCAGUUAUUACUCAAUGUUAGCAGAUACACUAAUGUAUGUUGUAAGACUUAAGUAUUCAUUUCUGGUUUUAAUUGGUUAUUUGAUGAUAUAUAAACUGAGUCAAACAUCAUAACAGACAGCUGAGACUUGGUUGUGAUUGGUCGAGAGCGUGCAUCAGCAGGACCUUGAUACUGUGGCUCCUCCCCCUCAGACUCUGGCUCCAAAUGACGUCAUCGGCACAAGAUGGCAGCGUUCGUAUCCAGGAUAUUUUUUCUAUAUUACUUAUGUAAUGCAAAAUAAUAAAUAGACCCAUUUGCCUCA